AAUAGAGAUUUGACAAAAUAUACAUUCGUAGCGCGCGCGUUUACGGUUUUUUUCUUUUAUAUGUACGUUUUAAACAAUAUCGAUGUUUUAUCGAGCGAACGAUUACAUGUGCACACAAUUAAUUUUAUUCCGAGCACAAAUAAUCAGGGAAAGUAAUGCAAAUAAUUCAUGAUAGAAGGUGCUUUAUAGCAUUUGUAACAUUAUCGGUAAACCAGCCGGUUUUAACACUGAUUUAGAACUGGUCGCACGCGAUAUGCAUAAAAUACACAAAGUCGCGCGCUACAUUGCUUGCCCACCUUGUUGAAUAUAAUUACGAUCUUUGAUGCCGCUUAACAGUACUUCCGUGUUCACAAUAUUACAUAUACAAGAUAAACCAGGAAGAAAUAGGCCGGACGAAAAAGUACUGAUUGCUUAUCAUGGUACUUGUCUGGAUUUAAAAAGAAAUCCUCACUUUGCGAUUUUAUUACUACAACUGUCGUUGGCAGUUUUUUAAUGCAAGGCUCGCGCACUUCGAGUUAAAAAAAAAAACAUUUCGUCCGCUUAAUUACGAUACAACAACGCUAGUAAAAUGUUGUCGAUCCUACCGUCGAAACAAAUGAUUGUUCUCGUCAUACUGUGGCAUACCGCGCAUUCGAAGAAAUGGGAAAGCGGUUUACGCGAGAGAUACGACGGCUAUGGAGAAGAUUGGAUAUUCAUGCCUGACGGUAACGGACUACCCCAAGUAGCAGUGCUGAAGUUUCCAGAUAAUGAAGCAAGAGGUGUACUGGAUGGUUCGGACAUAGCUUAUAUAAUUUACACUCGAUCCGGUCCGAAAGAAGGCACAAGAUUGACCUUAAACGACACCGCGAAUCUCGCCGACUCCGACUUCAACCCCUCACGAAAAACGAAAUUUAUAACGCACGGAUGGAAAUCAAGUGCCAUGAGUACCGGAUUUUUAAAUAUGAAAGACGCUUUUCUCACCCAUGGCGACUACAAUGUUAUCCUCGUGGAUUGGGAACCUUUGGCCGCUAGCACGUUUUACUUGGGCCCGAUGCAGAAUACCGUGAGAGUCGGCAAAGACGCCGGCAGUUUCAUAGACUUAUUGGUAAAAGAAACCGGAUUGAAGACCGAAAAUGUACACUUCAUCGGUCAUUCCCUCGGAGCACACGUCGCCGGGAAUGCGGGCAGCGCGACGACUUCCGGGAAAUUGAGCAGAGUGACAGGUUUGGAUCCGGCGCUACCGGGUGUUCACUUACUCACCUCCGAGAAGACUCGAUUGGACCGCACCGACGCGAUGUUCGUCGACAUCAUACACUCUUGCGGAGGUGUAUUGGGUUUUCUUCAACCUCUGGGACAAGCUGAUUUUUAUCCGAAUGCGGGUACAGCGAUUCAGCCUGGAUGUUGCUGCCUUCCCGAAAUAAUGGAGGCUUGCAGUCAUGGACGAUCAUACGUGUACUUUACGGAAAGUAUUAACUCCAAGAUAGGUCUGUCGGCUACAAAAUGCGACAGUUGGGACUCGUACAUGAACGGCAAAUGCGUCAAUUCUCAAGUGGUUCUGAUGGGAGAGCACGUCGAUCGUACCGCCAAAGGUUUAUACUUUCUCAGAACGAGAUCUGAACCGCCAUACGCGUACAUAUCAGAAGUAACCGAUAACAAUCUCUAAAUGAAGACACAAGUAAAUAUUUCAUUUGUAGAAUGAAGUUCAGCACAGCCGAUUAUACUUUGUUAGAUUUACGCGAUUACUUAGUGCGCAAAAAUGCAAAAUAAUAUUUACGAUAAACGUGU